AUGGCAUACAGCGAUUAUGAUGACGAAGACAAAAUCAAGGCAGUCUAUCUUCGUGAUGUUGCCAACCGUCUGAAAACGCUGCUGAAUGCUCAACACGUCCAGAUCUUCGAGCACACUGUAAGUCAUGGUAAUCCCCUCUGCAUCCCUGCCCACGAUUUCCUGAUCUGCCAACACGUUAACUUGCUUUCAAAAGGUCCGAAAGCGUCACGCCACAUUCCCAAUCUCUACCGGCUUGGCCUACACCUACAAUCAGCCACAUCCAUUGCCCAUGUCGACACCACAUCACCAUGGGCUGUCGCAAUGGCGGCGCAACUCAACCCAUCUCGAGCCAACGAACUACGAUCAGGCAAAGCCCGAAUUCAGUGCGUCAAUUUCUGGAGGCCAAUCACUGGACCCGUACAGGACUGGCCGCUCGCACUAUGCUCAGCCACUUCCAUCAAAGAGCCUAGCAAGCAACUCGAGCCAUGCGAUCUAGUCUACCCAGACUACGUGGUCGAGAACCGACAGGUGUAUCACGACACGGGAUAUGAUUGGUUCUACGCGAGCGAAAUGAUGCCGAAUGAGGCAUGGGUAUUUCUGCAGAGUGAUACUGAUCCUUCGACGAAGCCUGUUGCACAUACGGCAUUCCCGUUGUCUGAAGACCUCGAUCCGUCGUCAAUGCCGGCAAGGGAGAGCAUUGAGGUCCGAGCCUUGGUCUAUUACGGCGGAUUCGAAGACGUGGUGGAUGUGGACGUUUCCAAGAGCAUAACGCCUUCAUGA